ACUCGCACGCUCGGCACCCAGGACGCAGGCGACGUGAGCUAACUGGUGACUUUGCCGCAGUUGUUCAACAGCAAAAGACCUGUGUUUUGGCACAGUUUUCGCAAGACCGCGCUUUGGAGUAACAAACGACAACAACAGCAGCAACAGCGAGAAAGCACUUGGGCGCCGGUGGUCGGAGGAAAGCAAGUUGCCCGGGAGAAGGAGAAAGGUGAGUCGGGACCUGCGACUCGCCGACCGCCGCGUGAGGAAUGGCCCGAGUCCGUCACGUGUGAUCGCCGAGUACGAGCGGAACUUUGCCGACAAAUGGUGUCGGCCGGGAGUUCGGAGGUCGUCUAGCAGAAGAUAGGAAGAGAGAGAAGAGUUCCUCGCGUCGUCAUGGCCGCUGCGGGUAACGUCCGCGUGAAAACCCUGGAGGACUUGACGUUGGACUCGGGCUACGGAGCCGGAGACUCGUGCAAAUCCCUCAGCCUGUCCUCGUCCAAGUCGAACUCCCAGGCCUUCACGGCGACCCCUCACCGGGGCAACUGGUGGUACUACUCCGGCUCCAUGAACAGCAGAAACAACAGCUGGGACACGGUCAACACGGUCCUCCCCGAGGACCCGGAGGACCUGUUCUCCAAAUGUCCCCGCUUGCCCGAGCUGGAGGAGUUCCCCUGGAGCGAGGACGAGGUGGCCCGGAUAGCGGGCCGCGUGGCCGAGAGGGGCGAAGGCGGCGCCGCCUUCGCCGCCUUCGCCCCGGGGGCCGUGCGGCGGCUGUCGGCUCUGCUCCGCAAGGCUCUCGUCCGGAUCUCCAGGGAGGCUCAGCGGCUGAGCGUCGUGCACUGCCGCUGCACGCGCUUCGAGGUGCAGAGCGCCACGAGGCUGGUGCUCAGCUGGGCCCUGGCCGACUACUGCGUCUCCGCCACGGUCAAGGCCAUCUCCAUGUACAGCAUGAGCGCCGGGGAGAUGUUGCGCAAGGGCAAGUCGGCCCGCUGCGACCUGGCCUUCUCCGUCGGCCGCUUCUUCCGCUGGAUGGUGGACACUCGCGUAUCCGUGCGCAUCCACGACUACGCCGCGAUAUGCCUGACCGCCUGCAUGGAGGCUCUGGCGGAGGAGAUCGCGGCCCGGGUGCUGAUGUCCGAGCGGGGCCACCCGGAACCGGGGCCGGACUGGGGCUGCACGUGCGCCCCGGUGAGCGCCGAGGCCUUGGACGGGGUGGUGAACAACGACGCGGAGCUGUGGGGGGUCCUGCAGCACUACGAGCACAUCAUCUGCGGGAAGAACGCGAACGGUGUUUUGUCACUGCCGGCCCAUUUCAGUCCCUAUACAGAGAAUCAUCAGACGUCUGCGGACUGCAGGGAGGAUGCCUAUGCCCAGCUGGAGCUCAGGACGCUGGAACAGUCACUGCUAGCUACCUGUGUGGGCAGCAUCUCUGAACUCAGUGACCUCGUGUCUCGUGCCAUGCACCACAUGCAGCGCCUGAGCUCAGUGCGUCCGGGGCUCAGUCCAGCUCGCCAUUCACGCCCCCAGCAGUCCGUGUCCUGGUCGCCUGACGCCCUCCACACCCUCUACUACUUCCUGCGCUGCCCGCAAAUGGAGUCCAUGGAGAAUCCCAAUCUAGAUCCCCCACGUAUGGCACUCAGCAAAGAGAGGCCCUUCCUGUUGCUGCCGCCUUUGAUGGAGUGGAUCAGAGUGGCCAUCGUUCAUGCUGAACAUCGGAAGAGUCUGCUGGUGGACACUGAUGAUGUCAGACAGACUGCCAGGCUGCUCCUUCCUGGACUGGACUGUGAACCCAGACAGCUCAAGCCAGAGUGCUGCUUCAGCUCCUUCAAGCGUUUGGACUCGAAGGCGGCCACAGACAAGUUCCACCUCGACUUGGGCUUCCGGAUGCUCAACUGCGGCCGCACAGAUCUCAUCGGGCAAGCCAUCCAUCUGCUGGGGCCCGAUGGCGUCAAUAGCAUGGACGACCAGGGGAUGACCCCUCUGAUGUACGCCUGCGCCGCUGGAGACGAGGCCCUCGUUCAGAUGCUGAUUGAUGCUGGCGCCAAUCUCGAUGUGGCGGUUCCACCGUGCUCCCCGAAGCACCCGUCUGUGCAUCCGGACAGUCGACGCUGGGCGGCGCUCACCUUUGCCGUGCUGCACGGACACAUCUCAGUCGUGCAGCUACUGUUGGAUGCCGGGGCCAGCGUGGAGGGAGCGGCGGUCCGUAAUGGACAGGAGAACACGGCGGACACCCCGUUGCAGCUGGCUUCGGCAGCAGGCAACUAUGAGAUGGUGACCCUGCUGCUGGCAAGGGGCGCUGACCCCUUAUCGAAGGCCCAGGACGGAAGCGCCCUGACGUCGUCCCUCUACGAAGACAUGAACUGCUUCAGUCACGCCGCGGCACAUGGCCACAGGAACGUGCUGAGAAAGCUCCUGACUCAGCCUCAGAAGGUCCAAGAGGACGUCCUGUCUCUGGAGGAGAUACUCGCCGAGGGAGUGGAGGGGGAGGAAGCGGUGAUCUGCACUUUCCUCCCUCUUUCCGCCUCCUCCUCUGGCCAGGGGGCUCCACCAGAGGGCGGCGUAGCCAGACUGUGCAAGGCCAGGAUGAAGGCCUUGCAGGAGGCCAGCUACUACAGCGCCGAACACGGAUACCUGGACGUCACCAUGGAGCUGCGAGCGCUGGGCGUUCAGUGGAAGCUGCACGUGUGGCUCGAGUCCCUGCGCUGCGCCCAGCUGCAGUCCAGGGCGGGCGUUACGUUGUCCCUCCUCAGAGAGUUCACCUCCAUCCGAGAAGAAGAUUACUGCGAGGAGCUGCUCACCGUGGGCCUUCCCCUCAUGUUCGGCAUCCUGCGCACCGCCAAGAGUGAUGCCAUCAUACAACAGUUGUGUCGGAUCUUUAGUCACUGUUUUGGCCCCGCUCCUCUUCCUGCCGUCCCCGAGAUGAAGGCGACUCUCUCGGCGCAGUUGGACCCUCACUUCUUGAACAACCAGGAGAUGUCCGAUGUGACUUUCUCGGUGGAAGGCAAACCCUUCUACGGCCACAGAGUCCUGCUCAUCACCGCCUCGGACAGAUUCAAAUCGUUGCUGGCAUCCUCCGGUUCUGAUACAACUGCCAAAAAAGAGAUUGAGAUCAGCGAUGUGACAUAUAAUGUUUUCCAGAUGAUGAUGUCGUACCUGUACUGUGGAGGGACGGAGUCACUUAAAACCAGAGUGCCCGAUUUGUUAGAGCUGUUGUCGGCCGCUUGCGUGUUCCAGCUGGGAGCGCUGCAAAGACAUUGCGAGCUCAUUUGCUCUCGGCACAUCGACCUGGAUAAUGCCGUCGGCAUCUACAAGACCGCCAAGGCUCACGGGUCAGCGGAGCUGAGUUCUUUCUGCGAAGGUUACUUCCUGCAGCAGAUGCCCGCGCUGAUGGAGAGGGAGACCUUCAGGUGUCUGCUGCUGGGAUGCCGACAAGGCAACGGCUCCACCUCCACGCUGACCCUCAACCAGGGAGAAUCACCCCUGGAGGAGCUGGAGGUCACUCUGGCCCGUCGGCUACGCUCGCUCUACGUCACCUCCAGGGUGUGAGGACGCCCGGACGACGUGCAGAAAACAGCACGCGGUCUUCUCGUGCGACAUGCGUGCGAUGUAGAACCACCACAGUGACUGAUGAUGUAAGCUGAGCACAUCGCUUGGACUUAUUUGCGGUGUCAGGAAUGUUUGUAUGGAAAGUGCUCGGGAAGCUUCUUGUGGAAAAGAAACACAAGUGAAACUGUGAGACACUGCUGCCCCCUCGUGGGCAAAACUGCCUUGCCGCUCAGCAGCUCUCCUGACUGAAGCACAGGAGGGAGGCCACGCUGGACAAAUGAUACAGAAUACAAGGAGGUCGGCGACAUGCGUUUUGCUUCCUUUCCUCCAAAGUGACCACACAAUCCACACUUUGAGUUUUGUAUUUAAUGAGGGUGGGGGGGGGGGGG